AUGGCAAUGAAUAACAGCAGUGAUGGUCUAACAGCAAGAUUUCUAGGUGGAUUGUUCACCAAUACUCGCAACAAGCCAGCAUGGCAACAGACUGCACCAUCUUUUCAGCUAAGUGCUAACAAAAGACUUGCAGCUGAUGCAGAGGAAGAAAGUCAUUCAUUAGGUUUUGGCAAAAAAGCAAAACAUGUACGCAGCAAGACUUGGGAUGCUGCAAAUGGAAAAACCUCUCCAUCUUCACCCAGUCCUCCUCCUGGCACAAAUGGUAGAAAGGGAGGUGCUUCAUAUGCUGUUAAGAAGGACAGGGAAUCAUUCCGUAGCGCUCUUGUCAACAUCAUCAUGCAGAAUGAGGGUACAGCUCCUGUGCGUCCAUCCUCUCCAGGAGAGCUUCCUCCCCUGGAGCGAACUGGCUCCCCAACUGGUGCUGAAAAAGAUAUUUUGCACUACUACUACUAUAAUAUUCACCAUGGAAUAGACACAGAACAUGUGGCACCUAUGGAAGAUUCUUGGCUAGAUCAUGUUUUGCAACUUGUUCCUCAAAGGUUGAAGGAUGGGCUUGAUUUGUGUAUAGAAAACCUUUCAGAUGAAAUGAAAGAAGACUAUUUGCUCAGUGUCAAAAAGGCUAUUGUUGACUUUGUGCUCAGAGAUCCUAGAGAAAAAGAUGAUGAUUAAAAAGAGGAAGUUUUAGAACACAAGAAAGAGU